GUGAAAUCUGGUGGACGAUAGGACCCAGAGGAAUUCCGAAUAUAACAAUGUCAUGCAGGAACUGCAAUGUAAGCUCGAUGCGGUGCACAGCAACCACAGCUUAUGGUACAGUCAGAACUGAUGUCAGGAUUUCUUCUUUGCAGCCUCUCAGAUGGAAACAGACUCGGAAAGCUCAGGGAGGCUGACAGGUAGAGUGACAGUGUAUACGAUCGUGGGCUGCACGCACUGUCUGCGAGCUAAAUCCCGUCUAAAGGACCUGGGACUCCCGUUCUGCGAGGUGGAUGUGAAUGAGCACAGCGCUGUGGGGCAGAAGAUCAGAGAGCUCACUGGCCGCAGCAGCGUACCGCAGAUAUUUUUUAAUAACAUACACAUCGGGGGCAACGACGACUUCCAGAAACUGCCAGCAGAGGAGCUCCAGAGGCUGAUAAAUAUAGUAAAAGAAGAGCCUUUGUUAUUAGAUGCACCUCCACUGCAGGUCGAAGGAAGCAAAGAGCAUGAUGGAGACCACAAAGAAGGGGCUGCUGAACUAUCCGAAGCUUUGCGACGCUUGAUUCUUAAGCUGUAUGCAGAUCACCUCUCAGCUGAUGGCAAGUUUGUAGAUUAUAAGGCCAUGGCCAAAAGCCAGACGUUUGAGAAGUAUUGCGAGCUGGCUAUUCAGCUGCAGCACGUGGAACUGGAGAUUAUGAGCAGGGAGGAGAAGCUGGCUUUCUUCAUUAACAUCUACAACACCCUGGUCAUCCACGGGCACAUGAAGAUGGGCUCUCCGAAGAACAUGUGGCAGAGGUACAGAUUUUUUAACUAUGUAAGUUACCUGAUUGGAGGAGCAGUGUUUACACUUCAAGACAUUGAAAACGGGAUUCUUCGAGGGAACAGGAAAGGUGUUGCCCAGUUGAUGAGGCCAUUCUCUAAGGGAGAUCCUCGCCUUCAGAUUGCUCUCCCCGAUGCGGAACCUCUUAUUCACUUUGCUUUAAACUGUGGUGCAAAGGGGUGCCCCCCUAUUAAAACCUAUACCGCUAAGGAUAUUGACAACCAGCUCAGGACAGCAGCAGAGGCUUUUCUGGAAAACGACGACGGCUGCCAAAUAAACUCUGCAAAGGGAGAAGUGCAGCUGAGUCAGAUCUUCAAAUGGUACAAGGUCGAUUUCGGGGACACAGACGAGAAGUUGUUGCAGUGGAUCCUGAAUCACAUGGGAAAUUCUCCAAAGAAAAAGGAACUGGAUGCCCUUAUACAGGCAGCUAGCUACACAGUUCUCUAUCUACCCUACGAUUGGUCUACUAACAGAAAGGACUGAAAAGAAACACAGCAUGCAACAUAAGCUCUGAAUGCAGAUAUCUGACCAACAACUAUAUUCCUGAUGCAUGAUAGCGUUGGGUGGCAGCAGAACACACUGAGAAGCACAAGGCAGAACAAUUAAGAAAAACAAAACAAAAAAAACCCACCUGGCAAGCCAUACAGACUCUAGAAUAUGCACACAGAUAUAAAACUCCUGAAUGCAGGGUCAGUGAUCUAUUUUGUUAAGACAACAAAUCUAUUUUUAGGGAUUCUGUAUGUGAAAUAAUUAUAUAACUCUUUCACUCUUGUAAAUACUGUAACUGCAACACAAAUCGCCUCUUUAGACCAUUCCAUCAGUAGCUAGCAGGCCUGCUUUCCAGGCAGGAAGAUGAUGUCAAACCUCUUUUAAACUCACCCCCUUCUUUGUUUGUUAAUGGUCUUUUUGACUCAGGAAAGAACUUUCUACUGUAUGUUGUCUUCGGUCAGCAGGUUUAAAAAACAAAAAAUGUUUGUCUUUGGCAAUAGCGUUACUUCCAGGGUCACUAUAGAAUAAUAUAAUUCUUCUGGCACAGAUAAGGAAGGUACUUGGUUAAAAGUGAUACUAGUGCUACUAUUAGCAUGUUCAUUGGCAUGUAUUCAUUGAUUUCAUCUGUGCCCAUUGCAUGUUUUAUUAUGUCCAGCACCCUAUUAGGAUCUUCUUUAGCCUGUUCCAUGAUAGUGCCUUCUUAUUGACCUGCAUGACAGUUAAUACCUCAAUGAUAUAAACCUAAACUGAUAUAACCACUUUAGUUUGCUAGUCCAGUGUUGUUAGAGUCUACAUUGUAUGGAGGAUUUGUUGGAUGUUUCUGUGUUGAUGCAUUUAAUUUCUUCUAUAGAAAGAUUUGUACACUUUUCAGAUUUUAGGUAUAAACAGCUGAGAUUUUGUCUUCCAAAUCAGAUACAACCGUCUGGCCGUUCAGAAGUAUAGGACAACUGAAUUGAGUUUUAGACCCUGAGCUUUAUGCAUGUAUGUCUUUUUAAACUUAAUUUUAAUUUUUAAUGUAAAAUAUUUUAUUUCACCUGAAUGCCACCUUUGUAACUGCAAGCCUAACAUAUUUAAAUUGUCAUAAAAUUGUCUACAACAUCUACUGAUUUUUAUUCCAUAUAAAUAUUAAUCUCUUAAGGAUUAGUAAAUUAAGUUGAUUUGAGAUAGCCUAUUGACUAGAUUCUAAAUCUAUUUUUCCAAUUAGAAAUGUUUAAAAAACUAUGACAGAUCUUACUAGUUGGCACCGUCUAACUGGGAUUCUGAUAAUCAGGAUAUCUGCUUAAAUGGGAUCAACUCUAGGAGACGGUUCUUCUCAAUGUUAUUUAUGUUGUUCAAUUGGGAUGUCACUUCCUUUAACUGGGAUGUUGUAUUUUUAAAUGAUGAAUGGAGAUCGCUUUUCAGAGCAAGACUGGUUUGUGUAGCACAGGGCAGUGAGUACGUGAUUACUCUGACUUGAGUAAACCACCCUGAACUCUUGAAAGAGCUGGAGUCUCCUGGGGUUUCUCAGGCUGCUGUUGCAAAGAAAGUUGGCAUGUCAACAUCGCAGUUGCCUUGCCUUGUGAUAAGAUAUGAUUUCAUUCUUUUUCAUUUCACGUAGAAAUAACAAACAGCAAUUCAUUUUGUUUAGGAAUACAAUUCUGUAUUUAACAUUUAAUCAUAAUGUGAUGUGAUUUAAUUAUUUUUCUUUUCAUUUAGAAACAAAAAAGUGACUUCUCAAAUGCCUCAUUUAAUUGGGACAGCCAAGGUGUCCCAAUAAUGUGGCACUGACUGUACCAAUGCCCCCCAACAAUCAUAAACUGGCUCUUUCUAAUACUUCUUUCCACCACAUUUUAUUGAGGAGUUUUGUUAUAUAUAUAUAUAUAGUUGAUUUAAUUACGAGGGCUAAUAAUGAGAUCUACUGCUGUUUGAAUAAUUAAAUGUACCUUAACUUU